AUGCCCCCCAAACCCGCCGAGCUCGCCAUUACCGGCACCAUUCAUGGCAUAAAGCCCACCGAGAGUGACCUCAAGAUUCUCUUCGGCAUCAUCGAGAACCUCUCGGCGCCCAUGGAAGCCGAUUGGGAGGCUGCAGCCCAGUCAUCCGGCAUGAAAGACCGUAGAUCUUUCAUGGUGAUGUAUCGUCGCUUCCGCCUCAAGUACGGUCUUCCUGACGGCGCGAAGGUCACCGCCGCUGCCGCCAGUGCUGCUGACGGCGAUUCUGGUGCCGCUGAAGGCGAGGCUGUCGAGACCCCCGUCAAGAAGACAGCAAGCUCCAGAAAGAAAAAGCCCGCUGCCGACGAGGGUGACUCGGGAGACCUCCUGACCCCCACUACCUUUACUCCCGACCAUACCGGCCUCAUCAGCUCGACCAACAACUUCAACCUGAACGACAACAUGGACUUUGUCAAUCAUGAGCAGCCUGACACUCCGUCCAAGUCUACCACUACCGCCUCGGGCAAGAAGCGGAAUGCUACUGAGGCCAACCCUGACGCGACCCCAGCUAGAAAGAAGCCCACUUCUGCGCGCAAGCCGCGCACGACGGCCAAGCAGAAGCGGGAGGCUGCGGCGGCUGCGGCUGCUGCUGCUGCCGAGGUUGCUACUACAGCUGCUGAGGACCCGAUCGGCACAAUUCCUUCGUUCAACACGCCGAUUCCUUCUCCCAUGUUCCCGACUGGUACUACUGUCGGAGACGCCGCCGGUAUUGAUGCUACUAUGGAGGACAUGGGAGAGCCUGGUAGUGAGGCCGCGGAGGCUUUGGAUUUGGCUUUGGAGGCCAACGCCGCUGCUGAGGCUGAAGCUACCUCUACUGCCUUCAUUUGA